CACAUGUGUGGGCAACGUUGUUUGUCAGUUGCAUAGACAUAUCUCACGUGCCUCACAUAACUUGAUUAAUUAGAUUCAGCUCUGUCUGUGUCUGUGUCUGUCUUGUGCUUAAUUACCGACAUAAAUUAUAGUAGUAAUAUUAUCUAGCUAGAAUCUAUCUACCAAUGUUAUGGCUCACUGAAACACACACCCAAGAGUAGAGUACAGAAGACAAGGCUCAUUGUUGGUAUCAGUGUAAUGGGCAAGAUGCAAGGGAAGACAAACCUGGAUUCUGGGUGGCUAGCUGCAAGGUCCACUGAGGUCCAUUUCAAUGGCUCUCAGCUCACCACCACUAACCCUCCUUCUCUUACUGGCCCCACUGAACCAUCACCAUGGAUGGAAGCUCUUGUCCCUGGAACUGUUCUGGCAACCUUGGUGAAGAACAAAGUGGUGCCUGAUCCUUUUUAUGGACUAGGAAAUGAGGCAAUCUUAGAUAUUGCUGAUUCUGGAAGAGACUAUUACACUUUCUGGUUCUUUACAACCUUUCACUGUAAACUGGCAGGCAAUCAGCACUGUGAUCUGAACUUCCGUGGAAUCAAUUACUCAGCCGAUGUUUACUUAAACGGGCACAAAAUGGUCCUCCCGAAAGGAAUGUUUCGGAGGCAUUCUCUUGAUGUCACUAGUAUUCUUCAUCCUGAUGGCAAUAACCUGCUCGCGGUUCUUGUUCAUCCUCCUGAUCAUCCUGGGAGUAUCCCACCUCAGGGAGGACAGGGGGGCGAUCAUGAGAUAGGAAAGGAUGUGGCUACACAAUAUGUUCAAGGUUGGGACUGGAUAGCUCCUAUAAGGGAUAGGAAUACUGGAAUUUGGGAUGAGGUUUCCAUUUUUAUUACCGGGCCAGUGAAAAUAAUUGAUCCCCACUUGGUGUCAUCAUUUUUUGACAAUUACAAGAGAGCAUAUCUACAUGCCACAACAGAGUUAGAGAACAGGAGCUCCUCGACUGCUGAAUGCUCUUUGAGUAUCCAUGUCACAGCAGAACUUGAGGGAAGCAUUCACCUAGUAGAGCAGCUUCAAACUCAAAAUAUUUCAGUUCCUGCAGGAUCACGGGUGCAAUAUACAUUUCCUGAGCUCUUCUUCUACAAGCCCAAUUUAUGGUGGCCUAAUGGAAUGGGGAAGCAAUCUUUGUACAAUGUUGUUAUUGACAUUGACGUUAAAGGAUUCGGUGAGUCUGAUUCGUGGAGCCAUUACUUUGGAUUCCGCAAAAUUGAGAGCCACAUUGAUGGUGCUACUGGUGGAAGGUUGUUCAAAGUCAAUGGAGAACCAAUUUUCAUACGCGGGGGUAACUGGAUAUUGUCUGAUGGACUACUGCGACUGUCAAAGAAGCGAUAUAGUACAGAUAUCAAGUUUCAUGCAGAUAUGAAUUUUAACAUGAUUCGGUGCUGGGGCGGUGGACUGGCUGAAAGGCCAGAGUUUUAUCAUUAUUGUGACUAUUAUGGUCUUCUGGUAUGGCAAGAGUUCUGGAUUACUGGGGAUGUUGAUGGACGUGGUGUCCCAGUAUCAAAUCCGAACGGUCCACUGGACCAUGACCUUUUCUUGUUUUGUGCCAGAGACACAGUCAAGCUUCUUAGAAAUCAUCCCAGUCUUGCCCUCUGGGUUGGUGGAAAUGAACAAGUUCCACCACGUGAUAUAAAUGCUGCUCUGAAGAAUGAUCUAGAACUCCAUCCUUAUUUUGAACAUGUAAAUGAAAAGAGAAAACCUUUAGGUGAUUUGGAAGAUCCUAGUCAGUAUCUCGAUGGUACACGUAUGUACAUAAAAGGAUCAUUAUGGGAUGGAUUUGCAGAUGGGAAGGGAGAUUUCACUGAUGGACCUUACGAGAUUCAAAACCCUGAGGAUUUCUUCAAGGAUGAUUUUUAUAAAUAUGGAUUCAACCCAGAGGUUGGUUCUGUUGGAAUGCCGGUUGCCGCUACCAUAAGAGCAACAAUGCCUUCAGAAGGAUGGCAGAUACCAUUGUUCAAGAAACUUCCCAAUGGUUAUGUAGAGGAAGUUCCAAAUCCCAUAUGGAAAUACCAUAAAUACAUUCCAUAUUCAAAACCAACCAAGGUUCAUGAUCAGAUUCAGCUUUAUGGUGCUGCAAAAGAUCUUGAUGACUUUUGUUUGAAGGCUCAACUUGUUAACUACAUACAAUAUAGAGCUCUUUUAGAAGGAUGGAGUUCUCGCAUGUGGAGCAAAUAUACAGGUGUAUUGAUUUGGAAGACGCAAAAUCCUUGGACUGGUCUGAGAGGUCAAUUUUAUGAUCAUCUACUUGACCAAACAGCCGGUUUCUAUGGCUGUCGAUGUGCUGCCGAGCCAAUUCAUGUACAGCUUAACCUCGCUACAUAUUGUAUAGAGGUUGUGAAUACAACAUCAGAAGAGUUGUCUAAUGUAGCUAUUGAAGCCUCAGUGUGGGAUCUGGAAGGAACAUGUCCAUACUACAAAACUCAUGAAAAUCUCUCUUUGCUGCCAAAAAAAGUAACAUCUAUUGUUGAGAUGAAGUAUCCAAAGUCGAAAAAUCCUAAGCCAGUCUAUUUUCUUCUUCUCAAACUCUACGACAUGUCAGAUUUUAGAAUCUUAUCAAGAAACUUCUAUUGGUUGCAUCUCCCUGGUGGAGAUUACAAGCUAUUGGAGCCGUAUAGGAAGAAGAAAAUACCUCUUAAGAUAACAUCGGAGGUUUUUAUUGAAGGAUCCACUUAUAAACUCCAAAUGCAUGUGCUGAACUCAUCGAAAAGACCAGAUACGAAGAGUUUAGUACUUGAGUGCGGUUCAACUGCUAAACAACGCGACAGUUGCAUUGUUACAGACUCAGUGGAUAACAUGCAUAAUGAGGCUGGAAAAGAUCAAGAAGUUGGUUGGUUUAAGAGGAUACACAGAUGCUUAGCUGGGAAAAGUGAUGGCUUGAAGGUUUCUGAAAUAAAUGGACAAGAUAUAGGAGUUGCUUUCUUUCUUCAUUUUUCUGUUCAUGCUUCAAAUAGGGACCACAAGGAAGGGGAAGACACAAGAAUUCUCCCUGUUCACUACUCAGAUAACUAUUUUUCACUGGUGCCCGGAGAGGCCAUGACUGUUAAAAUCUCUUUCGAGGUCCCUCCAGGUGUCGCUCCUCGAGUUACCCUUCAUGGCUGGAAUUACCAUGGAAAAGCCAUCCAUGAAGCUCUUUAGAGAUGUCACAGGAAAACUUGUGAACUGAUAAAAAGAAAUGCAUGAGUUUAUUUUUUGUUUUCAUACUAUGUCUUCAAGAGAAUUCAUAUUUCCAAUUGUAUGUCACGGAUGAGACGUAUCGACCAUGUCAAUUUCCAUUGUUUUUUCAAUCAGUGCAAUAAAAAGGGAAGCUGAGAUUGUUAAACCA